GGUGACGCGCAGAGCUCGGCGGCGCCGGCGGCCGAGGUGGGAGCGGAGGGGAGCGGAACCUCCGCACCGAGCGGGAGGGGAGCGGACCGGAGCCUCCGCACCGAGCGGGAGGGGAGCGGAGCGAGACCGGGGCCCCCGCACCGAGCGGGACGGGACCGGACCGGAGCCCCCGCACCGAGCCGGACGAGCCCGCCGCGCCUUCCCCGCAGCCUUGGCCCGGCUCUCCCGUAUGGCGCGGCCCUGAGGGGAGAUGACCGACCAGGAGAACAACAACAGCAUCUCCAGCAACCCCUUCGCCGCCCUCUUCGGCUCCGUUGCUGCCGCCAAGCACUUCGCCGCCGUGCAGAAGCAGCAGCAGCUGCGGCAGCUGGCAGGCGAGGAGACGUCCAUCAGCCAGGAUGACUCUGACAACAGCGUCUCCGAGAGCCUGGACGACUGCGACUACUCGGUGGCCGAGAUCAGCCGCUCAUUCCGCUCGCAGCGAGAGCUCUGCGAGCAGCUCAACAUCAACCACAUGAUCCAGAGGAUCUUCCUCAUCACCCUGGACAACAGUGACCCCAGCAUGAAGAGCGGGAAUGGGAUCCCGGCACGCUGUGUCUACCUGGAGGAAAUGGCCGCAGACCUGGAUGACCAGGACUGGCUGGACAUGGACAACGUGGAGCAGGCCCUGUUCACCCGCCUGCUGCUGCCGGAGCCCGGGAGCCACUUGAUCCACAUGACCUGCACCAGCAGCCAGAACCUCUCGGCUGAGCGCGACGCCGGGGAGAGGCAGAUCCUGCGCUACCUCUACGCCUGCUUCCGCAGGGCACGGGAAGAGAUCACCAAGGUCCCAGAGAAUCUGCUGCCCUUCGCGGUGCGCUGCCGCAACCUGACGGUGUCGAACACGCGCACCGUCCUCCUCACCCCCGAGAUCUACGUCAAUCAGAACGUCUACGAGCAGCUGGUGGACCUGAUGCUGGAGACACUGAGAGGGGCACAGUUUGAAGACAUGACCGAGUUCCUUGAGGAGGUCAUAGAAGCCUUAACAAUGGACGAGGAGGUGCGCACAUUUGGGGAGGUCAUGGUUCCUGUGUUUGACAUUCUGCUGGGGAGAAUCAAGGACCUGGACCUCUGCCAGAUCCUGCUGUACACAUACCUUGAUGUGCUCCUCUACUUCACAAAGCAGAAGGACAUAGCAAAGAUUUUUACAGGCUACAUCCAGCCCAAGGAUCCCAGCAAUGGACAGAUGUACCAGAAGACUUUGCUUGGAGCUGUUUUAAAUAUCUCCUGCUUGUUGAAGACCCCUGGCGUGGUGGAGAACCAUGGCUACUUUCUGAAUCCAUCCCGAUCCAGCCCACAGGAGAUUAAAGUGCAGGAAUCCAACAUCCAUCAGUUCAUGGCCCAGUUCCAUGAGAAGAUCUACCAGAUACUGAAGAACCUGUUGCAGUUGUCACCAGAGACAAAGCACAGGAUCCUCUCCUGGCUGGGGAACUGCCUCCAUGCAAAUGCAGGCCGCACCAAAAUUUGGGCUAAUCAGAUGCCAGAGAUUUUCUUCCAGAUGUAUGCCUCAGAUGCCUUCUUCCUUAACCUGGGGGCUGCCCUCCUGAAGCUGUGCCAGCCCUUCUGCAAACCCAGAUCUCCAAAGCUGCUAACUUUCAACCCUACCUACUGUGCCCUGAAGGAGCUGAACGAAGAGGAGAGGAGGAGCAAGAACGUACACAUGAAAGGUUUGGAAAAAGAAACAUGUUUGAUCCCUGCUCUGAGUGAGCAAGAGCCACAGUUUGCGAACAGCUACAACCUGGUGACAGAAAACCUGGUGCUCACGCAGUAUACCCUGCACUUGGGGUUUCACAGGUUGCACGACCAGAUGGUAAAAAUAAACCAAAGCCUUCACCGCCUGCAAGUGGCAUGGCGAGAAGCUCAGCAGAGCUCCAGCCCCGCUGCUGACAGCCUCAGGGAGCAGUUUGAGCGCCUGAUGACCAUCUAUCUCUCCACCAAGACAGCGAUGACAGAACCACAGAUGCUGCAGAACUGCCUGAACCUGCAGGUGUCCAUGGCAGUGCUGCUGGUGCAGCUGGCUGCGGGAAACCGCGGGACCGAGCCGCUGGAGCUGAGCUUCCCGCUGCCGGAGGUGGAGCACAGCGCGCUGGCCUACGUGCCAGAGUUCUUUGCUGAUAAUUUGGGCGACUUCUUCAUUUUCCUGCGGCGUUUUGCUGAUGACAUCUUGGAGACUUCUGCCGAUUCCCUGGAGCACAUCCUUCACUUUGUUACUGUUUUCAUGGGUGAUGUGGAUAGGAUGAAAAAUCCUCAUCUGCGAGCCAAGCUGGCUGAAGUGUUGGAAGCUGUGAUGCCUCACUUGGAUCAGGCUCAGAGCCCACUCGUCUCGAGCGUAUUUCAUCGCAAGCGAGUGUUCUGCUCUUACCAACACGCUGCCCACCUGGCCGAGGCACUCAUCAAAGUCUUUGUGGAUAUCGAGUUUACGGGUGACCCACACCAGUUUGAACAGAAGUUCAACUACCGCCGUCCCAUGUAUCCCAUCCUGAGGUACAUGUGGGACACUGAUUCCUACCGGGACAGCAUAAAGGCCCUGGCUGAUUAUGCCUCAGAGAACCUGGAGGCAAUGAAUCCCCCUCUCUUCUUGCGCUUCCUUAACCUGCUCAUGAACGAUGCCAUUUUCCUGUUGGAUGAAGCCAUACAGUACCUCAGCAAGAUCAAAAUUCAGCAGAUUGAGAAGGACCGGGGCGAGUGGGACAGCCUGUCCCCAGAGGCUCGCCGUGAGAAGGAGUCCAGCCUGCAGAUGUUUGGUCAGCUGGCACGUUUCCACAACAUCAUGUCCAAUGAAACCAUUGGCACACUGGCUUUCCUGACUUCAGAAAUCAAGUCCCUGUUUGUGCAUCCUUUCCUUGCCGAGCGCAUCAUCUCCAUGCUCAACUACUUCCUGCAGCACCUGGUUGGGCCUAAAAUGGGAGCUUUGAAGGUGAAGGAUUUCAGUGAGUUUGACUUCAAGCCACAGCAGCUCGUGUCUGACAUCUGCACUAUCUACCUAAACCUUGGGGAUGAAGAAAACUUCUGUGCCACAGUCCCCAAGGACGGCCGCUCCUACUCACCAACGCUCUUUGCUCAGACUGUACGGGUUCUGAAGAAGAUUAACAAACCUGGCAACAUGAUAGUGUCUUUUAGUAACCUGGCUGAGAGGAUCAAGUCUCUUGCAGACCGGCAGCAGCAGGAAGAGGAGACAUACGCAGAUGCCUGUGAUGAGUUCCUGGAUCCAAUCAUGAGCACUCUGAUGUCAGACCCCGUGAUCCUGCCCUCCUCCCGUGUCACUGUGGACCGAUCGACUAUAGCCCGGCACCUCCUCAGCGAUCAGACAGAUCCUUUCAAUCGGAGUCCCCUCACUAUGGACCAGAUCAGACCAAACACAGAGCUAAAAGAGAAGAUCCAGAGAUGGCUUGCAGAGAGGAAAAAACAGAAGGAGGAGGAGCUGGAGGACACACUGAACUGAAAGACAGGAUCUCAUCAUUAAACCUGUCAUGGGCGAGAUCACAGCCAUGUAGGGGUAAUGGCUGGAGCUGCCACCCUAAUGACGACCACAUUUAGUGCAUUGCCACCACCUUUGGAGUCUCUCCUCUGACCUUCCCUGCGAGCUCUUGCUCUCUCUUUUCCUUUCAAGACUCUGUCUUUAAUACUAUGACUUUCCAGUGCACUACAGCUUCGGCCUCGGGAGAACACAGCCUCCUCAUGACAUGGUGCCCUGGCUCUGUAUUACCUGCUCUUUGUGUUGGCCACCUUCUUUUCCAGCAACAGCGAAAGCCUCCCUCUGGUUCUGUGUUUAAACUGUGACCAUCUUUCACUUGGUGAAAGCAAUGCCUCCGGCUGCUCCCAGAGCGGGCUGGGGGGAUCAACAGGGGGAGGACCAACAGGAGUGGGACGUUUUUCCAUCUCCUGUGUGCCGAGGGUAGCACGGUUUACUUCCCCAGUGCGUGUCGGGAAUGGCGGGCGUUGGAAAUUAAACACAGAUCACCUCG